AUGAAAAAUAUAAAAAUAAUAAUAAUUUUAAUAUCAUUAAUAUUUUUGAUUAGUAUAAGUAAUAGUGAAAUAUUUGGAAGAAGUGAACAAUGUCCAUUAAUAAGUUUAUUAAAGAUUGGUGAAGAUUGCCAAUCAAGUUCAGAUUGUGAAUAUCCAAAUAUUUGUAAAAAUAAUAAAUGUCAAGAGAUUGUCCAAGUUGGUGAUCCAUGUGAAUCUGAUGAAGAAUGUGGAUUGUUUUUUAAUAAUAUUGGUAAAUGUAUUAGUGGUACUUGUGAUAUAAACUUAAAGAAUGGUGAUGAUUGUGGUGAGGGUCAUAGUGGAACAUGUGGUGAAGGAUCAGUAUGCAAAUUUUAUAAAUGUGUUCUUAAUAAUGGUAAUUGUACAUCAGAUUCUCAAUGUCCAUUCAACCAUUAUUGUGAAGAGAAUUCCAAUACCUGCUCACCAGUAGUACUAGGUAACCAAUGUGACCGUGACUCAAUGUGUCCAAUCACUCAUAUUUGCCAAAAGAAUGAAUGUGUUGCUAAAUAUUCAAGAGAAACCGCAACCCCAUGUGGAGGUAAUCCAGAGUUGUGCGAUGUGUUCAAUGGUGAUGAGUGUGAUAAAGUACAUAAAAUCUGUAGACGUAAUGAUAAAUAUGGUAGUGAGUGUUAUGUUGAUGGUGAUUGUGGUACUGGGGUUUGUAUGUGCAAUAAUGACGGUCACAAACAAUGUGUGGGUUCAAAUACUACAUUGGUACAUGAUGGAUGUUUACAAGCUAUAAAUUCAUUUGUAAAAUGUAUGAAAGAUAAAAGAUGUUCAUCAGUUUCACCAUUAACUUGUAAAGAUUGUUAUCCAAUUUGGGAAUGUUAUCGUUACAAUUGCUUUGCUUCUGAACAUUUUGAUCAAAGAAAAUCAGCAUACUAUAAAUCUUUAAAAUGUGAUACUGAUGUUGGUUCCCUUGUAAAUCCAGAUGCAGCAAAUCCAAACUAUAAUGGUGGUUCAAAUCGUAAAACUAAUCAAAAAAGAUCAAAUUCAAAUUCAAAUUAUUUAAUUUCAUUAUCAUUGACUUUAACUUUAAUUUUAAUUUUAUUAAUUUUAUUUUGA